AUGGGAUCUGCCACCCCGAGUGCGGCUGGGGUGGCGGAUCUUCAGGUGAUCCUUAUUUCCUAUGAAUUCAACACCAGGAAGUUUUCAAUGGUCAUCACCAGACGCAGCGUCCUACCACAGCUUCAACAGCAGGCAGCACUCGGACACUGCCGACAACUAGUCCCCUUAGUGUGUGUGCUGGGAGGACCUGAGCCACCUCCACCCCACCCUGCCCUGACACACUGGAUCCCCACCAAACCUCUCCCUGCCCCUCCCUGUGGGGGAGGAGGAGGUCUGCGCCCCGCCCGCCCCGGCCCAAUCACCUUCAGGCUUGGGGCAAAGGGUGCGCUGCGGCUGCCCCGCCCUGACCUGAAGGGCUUCCUGCCACAGGAGGAGGAGGAGGAGGAGGAAGAGGCGCGGGUGCCCCCCCGGGGGACACGACAGCGGCGACGACGAGCCCUCCGUCCUGCACCCCCCGGCCCCCGAGCCCCGCCCCACCCACCAUCAGCCACACCAGUCCCUACCACAGCCUCUGUCCCCCGCCCCACACCAGGAGCGACUCAGAGCUGCCCUCCGCUGCGCCCCCUGCUCCCCCUAAAGCAGCAGCAGCAGCAGCAACAGCCACAGCAGGUGUACAGCUGGCCCUACCCUCCACAACCACAGCAGUUCCAGUACCCUUAUGAUGCAGCUGAGGGGACUGACACUGCCACCACCACCACCACCACUGCCACCACCGCCACAACAAGGGUUAUUCAGGUGUUGCCCCAAUAUGCUUCAACCCCACAGCCCCACUCCCCCAUGACAGUGCAGGCAGGGAAUGUCAUACAGGCUAUCACCACCAUGACCACCAUGACCACCACCACCACCAUGACCACCGCCACCACCACCACCACCACCACCACCACCACCACCACCACCACCACCACCACCACCACCACCACCACCACCACAGCACUCAGCGUGGCACAGAAGGAACAGAGCCAGGCGGAAAACAAGGACUAAGAUCCACUGCCACUUCCAAAUAAGGGCAUUAUUGAGAAGUAUGGCCUGGCACUGCAAUCAUCAGGGUUCUUUGCUGGGUAUGACAUCAACAUCAACGCAGGCAUUGCCAAUUCUGUGUCGUCGCAGGCCCUCAAAUUUGUGGCCUCUCUCCUGCCAAAUACUGUGGCUUAUUUUGAUGAGGAGAAGGUGAAAGAGCGUCCCAUCACAGACACCUUCUAUGCUCCCUUUGACCUUUACAAGCCCAUUAGAGGUGGUAAGUACUUGUUAAUAUAUUUUGGUGAUAGAGAAAAGCAGGUAGACAAAAUUACAAGUAUUCAAAAUUUUUUCCUUUUUCCUUAUCUUCUAUUACUUCCUCCUCAUUGUGCCAAUUUGUUUCCUUACCUCUGCAAGUAUUGAUUAUUGUGUCUAUCUAUCCACCUGUCUGCCUGCUUGUCUAUCUGCCUGCCUGUCUACGGUCAGCGACACACACAAUCGGACCUCCUGCCGAGACACGAGCAAGAAAGUUUCCUCAUUGGCUGACGAAAUGCCCCUGGUUGUAAAGUAUGGCUGUCAUUGGCUGGAGGUCUGAUGGUGGUUGUUGAUGGCUGUAUUUGUGGUGAUGGUGAUCUAUUAUUAUUAUGUCUGUUUUGUUAUAUGUUGUGUUUAUGCAAAAUGUUUUGUGUGUUUUUGAGAAUGUGUCCUGGAAAUUUUUGGUUACAAGGAAAUGCAUAUUGAUAUACAAUGUCUCUCUCUCUCUCUCUCUCUCUCUCUCUCUCUCUCUCUCUCUCUCUCUCUCUCUCUCUCUCUCUCUCUCUCUCUCUCUCACAAAAAGCUGACAAUAUUAAUUUGGAAUUUUGUUAAGGGAGGAGGGUGAAGGAAAGGCUCUUUUACCUUGGACUUGGAUUCACUUGCUGUGAUAGCGAAAAUGGCCCUAAACCAAAAUGUGUUGUUUGUGGCUUGGAGUUAUCAAAUGAAUGUAUGACUCCACAGAAAAUGAAGAGACAUUUAUCAACUAAGCAUCGUCACCUGACACAGAAACCUAUAUAUUACUUUAAGAGACUCUUGAAAGAAAACAAACAACAAAGUCUUGGGUUUGAGAAAAAAGUGAAGGUAGCAGAAAAGGCACAGAAAGCAAGCUACUUAGUAGCAGAACAAUCAGUAAAAGAAAUGAAACCCCAUUCAAUUGCAGAAUCCUAUUUUCUUCCAGCUUGCUGUUCUGUAGUGAAAACUUUGUUUGGGGACGAGGCUGAAAAAGAAGUGAAAAAAAUUCCUCUCUCAAACGAUACGAUUGGCAGACGAAUGAAGGAUAUGUCAUCUGACAUUGAGAAAAGUGUGUGCGAACUGGUGAAAGAUAAAACGUUUGCCUUACAAGCGGACGAAUCAACAGAUAUUGGAGGGAAACCUCAGUUACUUGUGUUGAUGCGUUUCAUUGAUGAUAAGAAAAUAACCGAGCAAUUCUUGUGCUGCAAAGAACUAAGUCAAACAACAGGACAGGAAAUAUUUUCUACAGUGACAGAAUAUUUGGUAGAAAUGGACUUAAAUGGAAAUUAUGUGUAGGAAUUUGCACAGAUGGUUGUCCAUCAAUGGUGGGGUCAGUAAAGGGUUUUGUGUCUUUAGUGAAGAAGGAAAAUCCAUUUCUGAUUACCACACAUUGUUUCUUGCACCGUGAAGCUCUUGUUGCUAAACCACUUGGACAAGAUUUAAGAUUUGUUCUUGAUAAUGUCGUGAAAAUGGUGAACUUUAUUCAAAGUAGACCAAAGCAGUCAAGAUUAUUUUCCAGUCUUUGCGAAGAAAUGGGAUCUGCCCACGAAGGUCUUCUCCUCCACACGGAAGUUCGGUCAUUGUCAAGAGGCAGAGCGUUAUCCCGUGUGCAUGAACUAAGAGAGGAAAUUCUUCUUUUCUUUGCUCUGGAAGAGAAAACAGAAUUCUGCGAAUUACUGGCCGACGAAAUUUGGAAUGCAAAAUUAUGUUAUUUGGCAGAUAUAUUUGAGCAUUUGAACAAGGUGAAUUUAAGUAUGCAAGGGAGAAAUGAAAAUAUGUUAACAUGCACUGAUAAAAUGCAGUCAAUGAAAGAAAAAAUCAAGGUUUGGAAAGACAGGUCAAGUGAAGGUAAUAUUGACAUGUUUCAAAAGACUGCUGCAGCAAACAACACAGACAUUGUUCCACUCAUUACAGACCACCUUACAAGUCUAGAAAGGAGCAUUGAAAAAUACUUUUCAAAUAUAUCUACUGAAAGUUAUGAUUGGCUGAGAAAUCCAUUGGUGCUCGAUCCCUUACACAAGCCUCAACUUAGCACUCACGAAGAAGAGGAACUAAUUGAUAUCCGAAACGACCGCAUGCGGCCCGCCACACUACUACGUGCGGCCCGCGGCACGUCUCAUAUUUCAGUCUUACAGUUGGUCUUUUUACAGGAAUGAUUAAGCCAGCCAGCCCUUUGCAUUUUAAAGUCAUUAUAUAAAGAUAUAAAGAUACUAUUAUAUUUUUUGGGCGGUGACGUUCCUCUGUGGUAUAGUAACUCCCAACCUCGUCAAGUGUGUGCGUGUGUGUGUGUGUCCGGCUCGCCGCCACCCGCCAACAUUCUCUCUCUCUCUCUCUCUCUCUCUCUCUCUCUCUCUCUCUGUGUGUGUGUGUGUGUGUGUGUGUGUUAUUGUUAAAAGUAUUUUUCUUAAUUAAAGUAAGUGAUUGCAAACACAAUGUCACCAGCAGGAACUUUACCAUCUGCUUCAAGUUUUCUAUCGUGUUUUGUAGUGAACGAAUUAUUCUCAUAUAUUUUUACGUAAAUCAUGUGACCAUUUCGUCUCGUGGACUGCGUUCCAAAGCCAGUGACUAUAGGUGACGAGAAUACACGUAGUCGUACGGGCCCUGCUCCGUAACAUACACGUGUUAGACGUGACCAUAACUCGUCAUUCCUCCGUCUCACCGAGAAUCGGCCUCCGACUCGAGUCCUGCUUUGUCCUUCGAGAGCGUCACAGCGUCAGAUUUUGGCGCGACUCUUACUGCACAUCAUCUCAUCAUGAUUUCCAAGAAGCGAACAGUUACUGAAGAACAUCGUGUGAUGCAGGAAAAGUGGAAAAUAUCUUUAUUUUUUGCUGAAGUGAAUGGAAAACCAACUUGUUUGAUUUGCAACCAAAUUAUAGCGGUGUCAAAAGAAUAUAACAUUCGGCGACAUUACACAAGCACUCAUGCUUCAAAGUAUGAUGUGUAUAGUGGAAAACUUUGCGAAGAAAAAGUAAAGACGCUAGAACAGUCUCUCAAAAGGCAGCAGUCAGUGUAUCAGCGUGUUCACGAAGCCAGCGACACUGCAGUACGGGCAAGUUAUAGGAUUGCACGGGAAAUAGCUGCGUCAUCGAAACCAUUUUCAGAAGGGGACUUUAUAAAGAAAUGCACGACGACGGCCGCAGAAGAUAUUUGCCCUGAAAAACGUAGAUCAUUUGCAAACAUAAGCCUUUCAAGAAAUACAGUUGCAGAAAGAGUAAAUGAACUGUCAGAAAAUCUUAAUAGUCAGCUCAAAGAAAAAGUUGCUAAAUUUGUAGCAUUUUCUGUAGCAAUCGAUGAAAGUACAGACAUUACUGACAUAGCUCAACUAGCAGCAGUGUUCAUACGUGGUGUUGAUGAAAAUAUGCAGGUAAGUGAAGAAUUUGUGGAAUUAGUACCAAUGAAAGGAACAACAACAGGGGAUGAUAUAUUUGUGAGUUUGACUGGUGCACUUGAUAGGAUAGGUGUUGACUGGAAGAAAACUGUGAGUCUGACAACAGAUGGAGCAUCUCAAAUGGUUGGUAGAAAGGCUGGCGUGACAGCAAAGUUAAAGGAAAAACUACUCACCCUGAAUUCAGACCAUCAAAUUCACAGUGUUGAUUGCAUAAUUGACAGGGAUUAAUUAUUAAUUAUUGUAUUGUUAGAAAUACUGAUUGAAAAGGAAGGAAAAAAAAACUCAUUAAUGUACCACCGGUGGUACAUGUGGCGGUUACUGAAGGUACGAAAUGUACCAUCGGUGGUACAUACGGCGGUAAACGUGUUAAUCUAACCUAACCCAACCCAACCGCUUAACCCUAUAAGGACCAUUGGAACAAUUAUGAACCACUUCAAAAGCGUGCUUUUCCUUGGAUGAAAUUCCCUCGUAGAGGCGUGUCCGUCCGGUGGUACAUUUUUGCACCACAUCAGAAAACAUCACUCACACGAUAUGUGGAAAAAAAGCUCUCGUUUCUGUGUAACAGCAGUUGACUCGUGACCACCAGAGGGGGAGGACGUAGUGACUGAUCCUCCGUUUUCAACGAUUUUUUUGGACGACUCAUAGGUAAGCCAGGUCACUACAAAAAUUAUGAUAUAUCCCAUAUAUUCAGUAGAAUGUGUUUAUAAUGUUGGCCUGACUUUGGAUUAUAUUACUGUAAUGUAAAAAGGUGUUUUUAAAUGGUUAAAAAAUGUACCAGUGGGUCAUUCUGUUUCCUCAGAUAUGGACA